AUGGAUUUGUCGGCGCUAGGAUUCCCUGGGGUGUUGCCUGACUCGAGUAAUUUGAACAUCCUGCACCGUAAUACCCUCCCAGCCCGAGCACACUUCUACUCCUACCCCGACCAGGAAUCAGCUCUCUCAUUCAAUCGAGAACAAAGCUACUUCCACAGUCUCAACGGAACAUGGAAAUUCCACUACGACAUCAGCCCUCUCGAUGCCCCAAUCUGGGAAACUGCAAACACCAGUUCAUGGGAUGACAUUGAAGUCCCGGGUAUGUGGCAGCUCCAAGGCUACGGACAUCCCCACUACACCAAUAUCGACUACCCAUUCUCCGUCACUCCACCCAACGUUUCAUAUGUCAAUCCCACUGGUUCCUACUGGCGACAGUUUGAAGUAACUGAACAGUGGGAUGGUGAUCAGAUCAGACUGCGGUUUGAGGGAGUUGAUAGCGCGUUCCAUGUGUGGGUCAACGGCGAAGAGGUUGGUUAUAGCCAGGGGAGUCGUAAUCCGAGUGAGUUCGACAUCACGGACUAUCUCACUCCUGGUCAGGCGAAUGAUCUUGCUGUAAGGGUUUAUCAGUGGUCUGAUGGUUCGUAUAUCGAGGAUCAGGAUCAGUGGUGGCUGUCUGGUAUCUUUCGCGACGUUUACCUCAUUCCGUUCUCUGAAUCAUCGAUCGUCGACUUUCAGGUUGACUCUGAACUUGACGACUCAUUUGAUGAAGGUUCGUUUAAAGUCAAUGUGACCAUUCAAGGAAAAGAGGGCGACCUAGCCAUCAGCCUGCUCUCACCUAAUGGUUCCACUAUCGAUGAAUGGAAAGGGUCGUCUUCAGAUAUCUACGAAAAGAAACUGUCCGCAGAUGACUUUCACAUCUGGUCCGCUGAAACUCCAAACUUGUACACCUUGCUCAUCACUUUCAACGGACGAACUAUUAUUCAAAAGGUUGGUCUCCGUCGAGUCGAGAUUAAAGGAUCCAACUUCUAUGUCAACGGAAAACCCAUCAUUAUAUAUGGAGUCAACAGGCAUGAACAUCAUCAUCUCACUGGAAGGACAAUUAGUUACGAGAACAUGCGAAAGGAUCUCUUACUCAUGAAGCGAUCAAACAUCAACGCCAUCCGCACGGCUCAUCAACCUCCCCAUCCUGACUUCUUUGACGUGGCUGACGAGCUCGGCUUUUACGUCAUCGCUGAGUCAGACCUUGAAUGCCAUGGCUUUGGUAGCAUUGAAGAGACAGAAGAAGAAGCUGCUGAGUGGCUGUCCAACAACCCCGAUUGGGAAGAGGCCUAUGUCGACAGAGCUCGUCAGCUUGUGGAGCGCUUCAAGAAUCAUGCUUCAGUCAUUAUCUGGUCAUUCGGCAAUGAGUGCUUCUAUGGUCGGAAUCACGCUGCUAUGAGCAAUUGGAUCAAAGAGAGGGAUCCAAGUCGGAUCAUACACUACGAACAGGAUCGUAAUGCGACGUCGACGGAUAUGUACAGUCAGAUGUAUAGCACGCCUGAUGAUGUAAGGGAGUUUAUCAAGACGCACACAGACAAGCCAAUACUGCUGUGUGAAUACGCCCAGCAAGCAUCUCUCCAUCCUCCACAUGGUAAGUACAUCGACCUCUUCAGAACGGAGCAACUCUCCCAAGGAGGCCUGGUUUGGGAGUGGAGCAAUCAUGGACUUCUGAAUAAGGAAGAGAACGUAACAUACUACGCCUACGGAGGUGACUUUGGUGACGAACCCAAUGAUGGGGAUUUUAUCAUGGACGGUCUUGUGCUGUCUGAUCACUCACCUAUGCCUUCGUUGCAGGAGUACGCCAAGGUAAUCCAGCCUGUUUCGGUGAAGCAGGCGAAGAAUGGAAGUGCAAUGACUGUUAUUAACCACUAUGACUUCUCGGACUUGAGUCAUCUCGAUGUCUCGUGGCAUGUUGUCGCGGAUGGCCUCAAGACGGAUGCUCGGCCGCUUGAACUUCCGAGAAUACCCGCUGGUGAGAAUAGGACUGUGGCACUGCCUUCGGGAUUGAACAUCACGAAAAACGAGGCAUGGAUCACUAUUGAGUUUAGAUUGAAAGAAGCCACCGUUUGGGCUCCCAAAGGCCACGUUAUUGCAUGGGACCAACUUCACAUCCAGCGCCCCAGCCUCAAGGCCCCGGAUCUAUCGCUUGUCCGUCGUCAAGACAGCGGCGAGUUCCAGAAGAACGGAACGAAGCUUCUCUACAAGAGUGGAGAUUCUUCCUUUGGAUUUGACUUGCUUCAGGGAAAUGUCACUUGGAACAUCAAUGGCGUGGAUAUCUUCCAACGUGGCCCUGAACUGUCUUUCUAUCGCGCCCUCACACAGAACGACGCUGCUUCCUCUGGCGAUGGACCAAUCUGGGAACAAGAAAAGAUCCCAAUGAUCUACCCUCAAGUCAGAGACGUCACCUGGCGUGUCGACGAUGAUGGAACUACUGUGCACUAUAAAGUCUGGGUUGGCGUCAAGACGCGUGCUUGGGGCGUUGAAGCGGACAUGAUCUACAGGAUCCCGACUAGCGGACCUCAACUUCAACUCGAAGCCCGGGGCGAGUUUGUCAGCAAGAAUGAGUCGCAUAUCAUUCCUCGUAUUGGUCUCAUGGCCGUUCUCCCCGAGUCAUUCGACGAUGUGUCAUGGUUUGGCCGAGGACCUGGAGAGAACUACAAGGACUCCAAGCAAGGUUCCCGUAUCGGGCAGUAUAGCUCCACAGUCCCGGACCUGUUUACGUACUAUGAUUACCCUCAAGAGAACGGAAAUCGGGAAGACCUGCGAUGGCUGAAGAUUGGAAACAAGGACGUGACACUUGCUGCGCGACGGACGAAGGACGAGCCAUUCAGCUUCACGGCUCGGAGGUACAUGCCUUUUGACCUGGAUGAUGCACAGCACCCGCAUGAUCUGAAACCACUAAACAUGACGGUUCUGCACCUUGAUUACGAUAACAACGGGCUUGGAUCGGCUACGGUCAGGGUCAGGCCGUUUGAGAAGUACAGGUGCUACACUAAGCCAUUCAACUUUAUCUUUGACUUCAACAUAGUCUAG